UUUACUUCUGGGAAGGGUCACUGAACGUUCACAGGUACCUUGAAGUGUUUAUAAGCUAUGGGACACACUUUGCGGUCGGUUUAAACACACUGAACAUGUUGGAGCUUUUGUGGUUUCUCCUGCUGUGCUGCAGCGCGGCUCCGCUUGCGGCGGCACCGACUGGAAGCAGCAACCUGCCGGGCACAGGCAGGUUUUGGCACAUCACCGACCUCCACCUGGACCCCUCCUACCACCUGGCCCCAGACCCCACCAAGGUUUGCUAUUCCUCCAAAGGAGUUCCCGCCACCAAUCCUGGUCUGUAUGGAGACUUCCUGUGCGACUCGCCUUACCGCCUCAUCGAGUCGGCCUUCACUAACAUGGCAUCGCUCACACAGCCAGAGGACUUCAUCAUAUGGACCGGCGACAGCCCGCCUCACGUCCCUCCAGAUGAGCUCUCUACAGACAUAGUCAUCCAGGUCAUCAGUAACAUGACCCAGACCAUCAGACAGCACUUCCCCAAUAUGACAGUCUACCCAGCAGUUGGAAAUCAUGACUACUGGCCUCAGGACCAGAUGCCAGACUCCACUAAUGCCAUCUACAAAGCUGCCGCCCAGUUUUGGAAACCCUGGCUGCAGGCUGACGCUCUGCUAACGCUCUCGCAAGGCGGUUUCUAUUCGCAGCUGGCUAAGCCUGGUUUGCGGGUGGUUAGCGUCAACACCAUCCUUUACUACGGCCCCGAUAAAGUCACGCGUAACAUGACAGACCCGGCCGGGCAGUUUGAGUGGCUGGAAAAAACUCUGGAGAAAGCUGCUCAGAAUCUGGAAAAGGUGUACAUCAUAGCCCAUGUACCAGUGGGGUAUCUGCCCUUUGUCAGAAACACCACAGCUAUAAGAAAGAGCCACAACGAGAGACUGGUCACCAUCUUCAGGAAGUACAGUCACGUGAUCGCAGGACAUUUCUAUGGACACACUCACAGAGACAGCAUCAUGGUGCUGCAGGACAAACAAGGUAAACCUGUGAAUUCUCUCUUUGUGUCACCGGCUGUUACACCAAUCAAAGAUGCUGAGCAGUCCUACUCCAACAACCCAUCUUUCCGCAUGUACUUGUACAACAACAAGGACUACACUAUGCUGGAUAUCUGGCAGUACUAUUUGAAUCUGACGGAAGCCAACGAGAAACAAAGAUCAGACUGGAGGCUUGAAUAUGUCAUGACUGAGGCUUUUGGACUGAUUGACCUGCAGCCGCAAAGCUUACUCCAGCUGGGCCUGAGUUUCAUGCUGCCGCAGACCAAAACCUUCCAUAAGUAUUUUAAUCACUUCAUGGUCAGCUACAACAACAGCAUCACCUGUGACGGAGGCUGCAAGGUCAGCCAGGUGUGUUCUGUGCUCUACCUGGACCAACUGUCCUACUCCAAAUGUGCAAAGGGAGCCUGGGAGCAUUAAUAAGCGUCAGAAUGAAGGAUUGUUGAGGGAUUUUUCUCAGGAGUCAGGUUUUUUUUAAUACUUUGCUUGAAAUGACAGAAAAGGGAAAAUCAGUGUGUUGCUUGAAAUCUUAAUAUCAAAAUAUAAACAAAUAUUCUUUGAUAAUUUAUUCUUUUUGAAAUGUAAUAUUUGCUAAGUAGAAAGAUGAAGUCAGAAAAAGGGAAGUGCAAUAUAAUACUUCUGCUGUUUGAGAAUAUAUAUCCAAAGAAAUGCAAGCUGGUGUCCAGCUGACAUGAUUUUACCUGCUUACUUGCAUCAGUCUGCAAACACAUGCAGAUGGAGUCAGGACCAAAUGUUGACAGUAGAUAAAUCCAUCAUGUUUGCUCCGUGUAGUCCUCCCUGCACUGAUUGAUUGCUGCUAAGCUCUGCUGCCUGAGCUCAUGUUUUUGAUAAAGCAUGCAUGCCUGACAUAUUUCAGAGCAAAGGUUAAAUCUGAUACUUCAGAUGUAGAAGGCUUUAGAGGUGUGGAGUACCCUCUGACCUCCACCCACACCCCUCAUUCACAGCAUUAGAGCAGGAAGAUCAGGAAGAAAGUUAGUUCAUUAGAGUCCAGCCACUCCUUUGUUGGCUUAUUUUAUAUUCUUCUGAUUACUCAAAUGUGUUUUUAAUGUAUAUUAUAGAGAGUUUGCAGCAUCACCAAAAUUAUCGUUUAAUUAUACAAAUUAAAUAUUUAGAGAAAGACCAAGGAAAUGUAUUUUAAUCCAGUUCUUUGAUGACGUAACUGAAAUAUUAACAGAAAAUUUUAAAUUUGAAACAUUCAUUUUAAAAUAUUGGACUGUGUGAUGCAUUCUGCUCAUAUAAAACUAAAACUGCUUCUUUAGAUGCUUUUUAAUGUUUUAUAAACCGGCAGUUUAUCCUGUCAUUGAAACACGUGCUUAUUAUGUAUAAGACUCUGAGAAAGACGCCUUUUAACUAUUAAAUGUGUACAAUAAAAUGCACUAGAACAGAAACCCUGGUACAAUGUGUAAGAACAGCAUGUCAAACUGCUGCAUAAAAAUGGAGUACUUAUUAUGUUACGUGUAACAGACAAAAAAUUGAUUUGGAGUUUAAUGAUUAUUUUUCUAUUAA